AUGAUGUUUCAAAGUUUGGCGGCCUUCCUAUGUAGCCAUCAUCGACACGAUUCAGACAUUGAAUGUGAUAGUUCUGACACAAAUAGUGAUGAAGACAAUAAUAUAGGAAAUAUUGCAGAAAAUCAAAGAUCUCCACCGAAUAUCACUUGGAAAUAUGAAUGGUCAACAAAUGAAACGCAACUGUCCCUGUCGAACUCAUCCUUUGCUAAUCUUCCCACGGAAAUUCUUAUUCACAUAUUUCGAUUGCUUACUGUUCGUGAUUUGGAGAAUGUGUCUUUAGUAUGUCGUUACUUCAAAAUCAUUGCUGAUCAAGAUGAAAUCUGGAGAGCGACAUGCAAUCCCUCUCAUGAAAUACAAUCAAAAUCUUUUAAACAAAUCUAUAUGGACUGGAUCUAUGGAAAAUACUUACACAGUCUUGAACUGAAGAAUGUCCAUGAGAAAUACUUAAGAACAGGAAGACAUAAUCUUUGUCUAGUAAAUACAUGUUAUUGUUCAAGGAGCUCUUCCAUUCGUGUAAACAAUAGCAUCUCUGCCUUGCCUAUUUCUGGUUUUAUUGAACAUCCAAACACAUCUUUAGAUGUGACUAUCAAAUUAUCAGUCGAUAUUGAUCGAACUGCUAUUGCCUUGAUUGCACUAUUGGAAAAGACAUCUAAAUUUGUCACUAGAUGGUGGCGACCUACCAUUAUCGAACAAAUGAUCAUGCGAUACUAUCAAUUCAUGCAAUUGAAAGCUUCCUAUCCUAACCAAACUCAUUUAUUACGGCCCGAUAUGUAUCGAAAUGAUUGUCUACGAUUAUUUCGUCGUAUUAUUGAUCAUUCCUUAUUAAUUAACAGCGAUGAAGAACGUUCAAAGGAAGAAGCUUUUGCUCAUACUUGUCAGUUGUAUGAAGAACAUUUCGGAGAACAAUAUUGUCCUUUACCAACAACUGAAGACGAAGCCGAAAUUCAAUUAUCAAAUCAAUAUUCAUUACUACACUAUAUUGUAUGUCCUAUUCCAGCAUAUUCUUAUUGGGAUCAAACAUGGUUCAGAUUUGUACCUGAACUAUCAAAUAAUUAUGAAAAUCCAUUUUCAUUUGUUGAAACCGAUGUUAUUCUCGAUAGUUAUUGGUUUAAAUUAUAUUGCACUGAAAUAUAUGAAGUGGGAAUGAAAAUUAUGAUCAAUAAUUCUCAAACACAACACAGUGCUCUUACUUUAGCUAUGAAACGAUUGAGAAAAUCUUAUGAACGAUAUUUAUAUCUUACAAGCAAAUAUUUAACAAAAAAUGAAUAUAAUUUUAUUCAUCCAACCUAUGCAAUUGAUCUUGCUUGGCAUUCGCAUAUGCAAGAACCAUUAAAAUAUAUUGACGAUUGUAAUCGUCUUUUUGGAGUUAUGAUCAAUCAUAUUCCAUGGUCGUCAACGAAGACAACUGAUACUGAUCAAAUCACAGUUUUUCAUGAGAAAAUGAUUGACAUUUGGAACGAAGAAUUUGAACGAAAUCUUGAUACAGAUCAUCUUGAAUAA